AUUUAGCAUAGAUAUUUUCUGAUAUGGAAAAGUAGUUUUAGAAAAUCAAAAUUAAAAAAAAAAUGAAUAUGGGUUUGCCUUCAAUAAUAAUAAUAAUAAUAAUUUCAUAGUAUGGCAUAAUCACUUUAUGUUAAGAAAAGAUUUCUUAGCGCACUUGCACCGUCCCUGUUGCUCAACUGCUAUCCAUGACUUGGUCUCAUACACACAGCUGUGCUCUUUGAGAUCUUUUUCUGAGUUAUUCUUAACUCAUGAAGAUAUGUUUCCCCUUAUUGAGAUCUGAAAUAAAUUGUAUUUUAUUUCAUCAAAGCAAUUAUUAUUUUUGUUCUCAAGCGUGGUACAGACAAAAAAAGUCAGAUAUACGUACCCUUUGAUAAUAUUUAAAUGCAUGUCGACAAAAUAAAAUUUAAAUAUUGUAAAUCAAAUAGUAAAUGGGAGGGAAAUUCCUCAACCAGGAAAUUAAAGAGAGACUUUUCAUGUUAAGGAGGAGACUGGGCAAGCAAGAAAGCAAGCAAGCAGUGGGAAGAUGAUUAUUCACUUUAAACAGACAGAAUAUUCAACUGAUGUCACUUUUGUUUUAACUGAAAUUCAUAUAUAUAAAAUUUAGAUUAUAAAAGUUUGAAAUUGGUACAAACUCUUACAAUUUUUUGGGGUUAGGAAAAAUAUAUUUGAAAUGCCAACUAUUCAGAAGAAGAUAUUAGGCUUGAAAUUUAAUUAUGUUCAGUGAAAUGGUAAGGGCAUAUAAUUGGCAUUGCAGAUGUAUAUAAUUAGACGGUCCAUAAUAAUGUAUUGGGCUUUAGUCUUGAAAGCCCAUUAGUGAUAACUGCUACUAAGAGUCUACUACGAGUGAUCUGUUUCAAAACGUAACGAGGAAUCUUCAAAUUCCAAAUCUCUUUCUUCUACGUUUCUCGGAAAAUAAAUUGUCAAUUCGACUGGGCAAGGAAGAAGAACCUUCAUGAUUCCAUCUUUCAAACCAGGAGUAAUCUGCAUUUGUCUAUAAGGUUUUGAGGGUUUAGUAGCUGUAGAGGAGGUAGAGAGAAAGAGCAAUGUGGAGUUCGAUUGAGAAUUUGAAGGAAAACUUGAACAAGAUCGCGCUCGAUGUGCACGAAGACUACUACGACGAAGAUGAAGAGGCUCUUCACAGUUACGGUUCAGCUAAUAAUGUCGGUGGUCGGAGGAGUUCCAGGUCAGCUUCGAGGUAUCAGAUCUCCGAUGGAAUCGAAUCGCCUGCUCAUCACGAGAUUGAGAGGUAUAAGGCAGAGAUUAAGAAGCUUCAGGGGUCUGAAUCAGAUAUUAAAGCUUUAUCAGUUAAUUACGCAGCUCUUUUAAGAGAUAAAGAGGAUCAGAUCUCCAGACUCAACCAGGAGAAUGGCUCAUUGAAACAUAAUCUGACCUCUACUAGUGCUGCCUUGAAAGAGGCUAGAACUAGUAUUUCAAGGAAUUCAAACAAUAAUGCUAUCAAGGGAAACAACGAUCAGUCACCCAACAGGCUUCAAAAAUCUGUGUCACUUUCAAAAGGUCGAGGCCUUAUGUCCAAUGGAAAAGGGAAGGACACUGAUUCAAAACUAAAGGAAAAGGACCUUGCUGAUAUGCUAGAAGAUAGAACAAAAUCACUGGCAGCUGUUCAAGCUAAAGAACUUGCAAAAGAGCGUGAAAAAUUCAGAGAAUUGCAGCUUUCUCUGCAGGAGGAGCGGAAACGGAGUGAAUCGUUCAAGGAGGAACUCGAGUCUCUGAGGUUAGAUAAGAACAAAAGCUCGUUGGAGAUUAGCAAAGUGCAUAGUGAACUGGAUGCAAAAUUACUUGAAAUCAAACACUUGCAGAUAAAGUUGAAUGAUCAGGAGAGCCACGCUGUUGGAACUGCCAUGGAACAUCUAAAAGAAGUUAACAAAGCACUAGAGAAGGAAAACUACGAGCUCAAGUUGAAACGAACAGAGCUAGAAGCUGCUUGGGAAGAAAGCAGGAGGCCCAACAGUAGCAAAGUCUUCCCAGACACUACAGAGGUUCUGACAAGAUAUCCUAGUAGUUUGAACAAGAAGGAAUCUGAAACCUUUACUGGAAAAGAAGAAAUGGAGCAGUCCCUGCAGAGACUGGAAACGGAUUUGCAGGAAACAAAAAUGGAAAGGGAUAAAGCACGGCAAGAACUAAAACGACUCAAACAACACUUGCUCGAAAAGGAAAUGGAAGAGUCUGAGAAAAUGGAUGAAGACAGCCAGUUGAUUGAAGAACUCCGCCAGACUAAUGAAUAUCAAAGGUAUCAGAUGUCACAGUUGGAGAAAACUCUCAAGCAGGCAAUGGCUAGUCAGGAGGAUAACAGGCUGAGCAAUGACAAUCAAAUCCGGAAGUUGAAGGAAACAAUUGAUGACUUGAAUCAAAAACUAACAAAUUGUUUGAGAACAAUCGAGUCCAAGAAUGUUGAACUUCUAAAUCUUCAAACAGCUCUUGGCCAGUACUAUGCUGAAACCGAAGCUAAGGAACAUUUUGAACGAGAGCUUGCGGUGGCUAAAGAUGAGUCGAUGAAGCUUAAUGCUCGUUUGAAAGAUGCAGAUGAGCGAUUGGAGUCAUCUAAUAAAGAAAAGGAAGACAUCACAUAUAAGCUCUUGCAAGCCGAAAAGGUUGCGGUUGAAUGGAAAAACAGAGUAAGCAAGGUUGAAGAAGACAAUGCAAAAGUGCGCCGUGUUCUUGAGCAGAGCAUGACGAGGCUAAAUAGAAUGUCAAUGGAGUCGGAUAAUCUAGUUGAUAGGCGUAUCGUAAUCAAGUUACUGGUUACGUACUUCCAGAAGAACCAUAGCAAAGAGGUGUUGGACCUCAUGGUUAGGAUGCUGGGAUUCUCAGAGGAAGAUAAAGAGCGGAUUGGAGUGGCACAACAAGGAGGCGGUAAAGGUGUUGUAAGAGGCGUUUUGGGCUUUCCUGGUCGCUUCGUUGGUGGAAUCUUGAGUGGGAAACCCGCAGGUUCACAUGCCAAUGCGGCUUCUGAUAACCAGUCUUUUGCGGAUUUAUGGGUGGAUUUCUUACUGAAAGACGCAGAAGAGCGAGAAAGAAGAGAAGCAGAAGAGGCAGCAGCAGCAGCAACCAAAGCUAAGCAAGAUUCAGAGAAGACAAGACAAGACGCGGGUUUGUCUGAUUCGGAGUGCUCCACGGUGCCUCUCAGAUCAUCGGACAGUAAUUUACGUCUCUCGAGAGUACUUCCAUAAGGUGGUAAAUACUCAUACUUACAUCUUACAUACGCUUGCAUACACUUAAAAUAGGACUUAAAAUAGGUGUUUGAGUAUCUGUGGAGUCUUGUGUUGUAAUUAUGAUCUCAUACCACAAUUGUUUGUUUCUCUCAGUCCAAUUUUGUUUAAGGGAAGUUAUAAGCUGUUUUUUUCAGACUGUUUUUUCAUUUGCUGAUGUAUUGAUAUAAGGGAAAACUGCCAAAAAAAUCCCCAACUUUCGAAUAUAAGCUAAUAAAAGCUCCAACUCAUUAGUGAACUA